CGACAUUCAACGGUUUUCGAGCACUACACUUCUUAUGACCACAGGAGCCCGCUGGCACGACUCUAGACUCUAGAGUCGGCGUAGCGACCAUACGCACCAUCGUGAAGAAAUUUAUACCAAAAUGGACUUGCCUCCCACUUUCAAGUGUUGUCAUCAGAAGGAUGGCCGCCCCCCGCGACGUCUAGUACUACAAUGGCCAUAUCUAUUACCACACCUCUCGUUUGAAAUUUGUAACGCAGAAGAUUACGGUUGUUUCCAGCUUAUCGGUACUACGAUCACUUGGUUUUUGUCGGGGGUCAUUAUUGGUGCAAUGCUAUUUUCAGACGACAACCAAGCGUUAAGAACGGUACGGCUCACGAUACGAUCUCCUGAUGAACGCGUGUAGCGACAAGGUUGGUUGCCCAUGAGAAUAAGGAAGGACGAGCAUGAGAUAUUUCAGCAGGAGAGCAGGAGAGACGGAAGGAGAGAACGGGGCAUGACGCUCGGAAUAAAGUGGUGAAGAUGGUGAGGGUGCGCUGUGUUUAUGUGUAUAGAUGAGGACAAUAAUAUCGGACAUCUUGACCUUGUUCCGUCCUUAGAGAAAUCGAGAUACGGCCUUCGCGUGAAAA